AUGGAAAAUGUACGAAAAUCUUCAUCGUUUAGUAGCCCACAACGAAAGAGCUUUUUUGAAGAUACAGAUAAUGACUCUGAAAGCGAUCCGCCUAUUCAAUUUGUUCAAUCACCAAAAUUAUUAGCAACAACUAAUUAUCAGAACGAUCAAAUUAACGCUAUUCCAAGAAAUCCACGAGAAAAAAAACGAGCACGAAUAGCGAGCAAAAAAUCAAAACAACAAGAGACCGAAAUAUUUAAUGAUGUCGAUGUCAUUGAUGAAGCAUUAUACGCGGAAGCUAUUAAUGAACCAGUUGAUUCGUAUGAUGGUGAAUUACGAUCACCGAUAUUUCAUACUUCAUAUUCUGGUUACAUGACAUCGAAUAGUGGCGCUUCAUUAUUUUAUAAUAAUAGUCGACAAGAAGGAAAUCUAUCUUCGCCUUCAAGUGACCAUUUCGAUACUGAUUUGACUGAUUAUUCGUCUGAUGAGAAUGGCGAUUAUGAUGAUCCAAAUAACGAUCAACAAUCGGUUGUGGUGGUUGAUGAAAAAGAAGAAUCUACAAGAAUUGAAUAUUAUAAAAACAAAUUAUAUAAUAUGUUGGAAGAAUUUGAUCCGGAGAAUUUAUAUUCGAUGAAACUAGUGAAUAAUGGUGGAUCUGGUAAAGUGUAUAAAGCAACUCCUAAAAAUACCAUCAACAGCACCACACCUUCCUUUUCAACCUUUACAAUCGCCAACAACAUAAAAAACAUAAUCAACAAAUCGAUAGCCAUAAAAACAGUCUCACUUCCCGAAUCAAGACUGCUAAACAUAACAUACGCUGAAGUGACAGCAUCGCGAGUACUACGUCACCAAAACAUCGUGCAAAAUAUAUCACAAUAUCGAACUCCUGAUGAUACAUUAUGUCUACUAAUGGAGUACUGUUCGCACGGAAGUCUAUGGGACCUGCGCAACAAAAAAUUCAAUAAUACUAAACGAAAAAUGACCGAAUCGGAGAUCGCAUUCAUUCUACGCGAAAUUCUGCUGGGAGUGAAGUAUCUACAUGAAUUGGGAUUUAUACAUCGUGAUGUUAAAGCGCAGAAUGUGUUAGUGACCGAAGAGGGUCGGAUAAAGAUUGCUGAUUUUGGAUCAAUAUCUCUGCAAUCGCGUGCUGCUCUUAAAGUUGGCACGUUAUAUUGGAUGGCACCAGAAGUACUAUUCGAUGAGAUAUACGACAAUAAAGUCGACAUCUGGUCAUUGGGUAUCACCGCAAUAGAAUUAGUUGAAGGUAGACCACCGUGGUAUUCGUUAGGUCAACUAAGGGUUCUACAGUUAAUCAAAGCUGUAGGAACUCCACCACUCCCGGCAAACAUUUCCUCCGAAUUCGAAUCUUUUCUCCGCGAUUGUCUGACUGUUCAACCUAGUGAACGGCCUAGUGCUUCAGAAUUACUGAUGCAUCCUUUUUUGAAUUCGGCUAGUCCGUUAGUAAUAGAUUAG